AGAUAUUGAAAACAGACUGGACGCAUUUAUUAUCACUCCUCAGUUAGUUAUUUUAUAGUUUACAUAUCUAGGUAACUAUUAGAGCUUUUGAAGACAAUGUCUUUGAAAAUAGAAGCUGAAACGAAACUUGAUUCAGAGCCGUGUGUGUUGACCUUCGGCAACAAAUUGUUUGUUGGCUCUGAAGAUGGGUCGAUUAAAACCUUUGAAGCUAAUUUAACACCAAAAGAGUCAUGGACAGCGCAUGCAGUGCAGCCAUUUGCAUUGGCGACUGACGGUGACACCUUGUAUUCGUCAUCAAAUGACGGAGGAAUCAGAGUCUGGUCCAUGAAGGGUGACCAAAUCACUGAGCUGCCCUCUUCUGGGGCAGAUGUGGGAGCCUUGCAUGUGUUCGACAGACAACUUUAUGCCGGCGAUGAGGACGGAAACAUAAUUAUUUACGAAAAGAAUGAAAUGAAGGCGAAAUACAAUGUUUUGGAAGAAGUGAAAGAUCUUUGCUUCACCCCUCCAUUCCUGUUUACAGUUCGGGAUCUCUACGUCACCGUUACUGAGAUAAAACCUGAAGAAUCAAAAACACGUUUUAUGACACGACACACUAUGGAAGGACGAGCUCCCUUACGGAUAUCUGGAAACCGACUCCUGUUCAUGUCCAGAGAUGGCAAUAGCUUGCGGUUACACGAUGCUUCCGUUGAUACCAGUUUCAAAUCACUCGAUGAAGUCAAGGUUAGCGACAUGAUCUUAACAAGUUUGUCUACAAGCGGUCAGUACGCAUGGACUGGUGGUUGGGAUGGCGUCGUGCGCCGAUAUAAGAUGGCCGGUGACAAACUGGAAGCAGCUGGAGACAUUAACCUUGGUGGUUGUAUCAAUUCGCUCGUCGCUGCUGGUGGCUCCGCCUAUGUAGCUGUGUCUGGAGGCAAAUUAGUUCACCUGCGCGCUGCAUAGGCGAUAAAACCAGAUGUUUAUUAUGCUACAGUUAAAUACAGGGUCAUAACCUGUACUACAGGGCGUGUGAGCUAGGCUGGCGCAAGAUACUAGUUAGGUAGUUUACCAGCUGCUUUAUGAUACUCUACAGCACUGCUGUGUGUGUGUGAAUGCAAAGAGAUUUUUUGUCAUAAUAAUAUGUAGCCACUAUUUAAGAGUGUAAAAUAUGAUGUUUGACCACAGGAAUGUACUACCAUUAUGAUUUAAUAAAGAGAACUGAAAAAAGGG